AUGCUAGCAGAGCGCAACCGCCCUGGCCGUGCUGCCAGCCUACAAGGUGGCAGCGUCGCGGUUACUGCUGCCAGUGCUGUGGCAGUUGUGGCCAAAGUGAGGGGAACGGGUGAGAGCAGCAGCAUACAGCAGCCAGUGGGCUUCGAGUCUCUGGCUCUCGACUUUGCUGCUGAGGUGCUAUCCUCCCCACUGGCCUCGGCGGGCAGUGCGAGUGGGAAGGCGUACAGCGCGCGCUCAGAGCCACUCAGCUGCUCGUGGAGGCGCCACUCUGGGCCUCCCAGCAGGACGACGUCAAAUGCCUUCGCAUCGGCGCUGAGUGAUAACCUCAUUCAGCCUCCGCCCUUGCCCUUGCCUGCUGCCAUGCCCGCCAGGCGUGCCGGUGGCCUCGGCAGGCACUUGGAGCAGGAGGGGGAGGCGGGCAAGGGUGGUGAAGUGGCAGUGGGGGCUGAGAGGCGGCAGCCUCUGCGGCGUCGCACUGCCUCUGCGGCGUUGCACUGCGCUCCAGCAGCUGCAACGACAUGA